UUCUGUAUUACACAUGUUCUGUGACUAUGUUUUUAUUUCAAAAGUGUAACCAGAAUAUUGACAGUUGGCAUCAGUGGUCCCUAGUCCGCUCGACCAAUCAGGUGGCGUCGAGUAGCACCACCUCCGAACCGUCACCGUCUUUUUGACGACGACUUUGACAGCUCUUGUAUUUUACACUUUUAUGAUGUUAACCGCUUCGAAAACCCGAAAAAUCACAAGUGCAACCGUUUAAAAACCGACGAACCGGCCGUGAAAUGCCGCGCCACAAUCGUCACGAACAGUUUUAAGGAUUUUAUGUCACUGAUAACAGUUCCUUAUCACCGUGUUUUGGGUCGUGCGAAUGCAAUAUGUUACAUUCCUGAUAUCAAUUACGAUGCCUUCACUCCCGUUGAUAUUGAGCCUGUUCGUCACCGCGUCCCUGUGCCAGGAACCCAUGACCAAAGAGGAGAGGCACCAGCUCAGGGAGGAGGCCCGCGACAUGUUCUACCAUGCCUACAAUGCCUACAUGGAGAACGCCUAUCCGGCUGACGAGCUGAUGCCACUUAGCUGUGCAGGGCGGUACAGAGGACGGACUCCAAACCGUGGUGAUAUUGAUGACUGUCUUGGGAAUUUCUCGUUGACGUUGAUCGACACCUUGGACACGUUAGUUGUUCUUGGCGACCUGGAGGAAUUUGAACACGCCGUGAAACUAAUAAUAAACGACGUGUCAUUCGACAAUGAUGUCGUCGUUUCAGUUUUCGAGACCAACAUACGUGUCGUCGGGGGACUGUUGUCUGCGCACAUUCUCGCCGAUUAUUUACAACAGAGGGAUGGAAUUAUGCCCUGGUACAAGGGGGAGUUACUCUCGAUGGCCAAAGACGUCGGCUAUAGGUUGAUGCCUGCUUUCAACACCACCACCGGAAUCCCAUAUUCCAGGGUUAACCUGAAGUACGGUAUCAAGAGCGACCGGCUGGAGGCGCUGCGCGAGACGUGCACCGCCUGCGCAGGCUCGAUGAUCCUCGAAAUGGCCGCCCUGUCGCGCCUCACCGGCGAGCCCGUCUUCGAGACGAAGGCGCACAAGGCGAUGGACGAGCUGUGGAAGAUGCGACACCGCAGCUCCGACCUGAUGGGCACCGUGCUGAACGUCCACUCGGGCGAUUGGGUGCGACGCGACUCGGGCGUCGGCGCCGGCAUCGACUCCUACUACGAGUACUGUCUGAAGGCCUACAUACUGCUGGGCGAGGACAGGUAUUUGAACAGGUUCAACCGCCACUACAACGCGGUCAUGAAGUACAUUUCGCAGGGGCCGAUGCUGCUGGACGUUCACAUGCAUCGACCCCAUACGAAUUCCCGCAACUACAUGGACGCCCUGCUCGCCUUCUGGCCCGGCCUGCAGGUGCUCAAGGGCGACAUCAAGCCGGCGGUCGAGACGCACGAAAUGCUCUACCAGGUGAUGCGCCGCCACAAGUUCAUACCGGAAGCGUUCACCACCGACUUCCAGGUGCACUGGGGCAACCACCCCCUGCGGCCCGAGUUCCUCGAGUCGACGUACUUCCUGUACGGCGCCACCAACGAUCCGUACUACCUGGAGGUGGGCAGGACGGUGUUGCGCACGUUGCAGAGGUACGCGAGGGUGCCGUGCGGCUACGCGGCCGUCAACGACGUGCGCACGGCCAAGCAGGAGGACCGCAUGGAUUCGUUCGUGCUGUCUGAGACUUUUAAAUAUCUGUUUCUGCUGUUCAGCGACAAGGAGGACCUGAUUUUAGACUUGGAUAAGUUUAUUUUCACCACCGAGGGGCACCUGUUGCCUCUCUCGUUGGCUGGACGCCACAUAAAUGGGACCAGGUCGAGCCACGACACGGAACCGGACGACUCCGAGUUCGCACGAUCCUGCCCCAACACCCUCCAGUUGUUCCCGGAGUCGGUGCGCAAGCCGCUGCAGAACAUGGUGGACGGCGUGUGCCCGAAGAAGCGGCGCCGACUGACUGCUGCCGAGUUCUCGGCCGCCAACGUCAACCACCUGAAAACCCUCAAGGAUAUGGGCAUUAACAUCAUUGCCCUGAACGACGGACGGGUCCAGUUGCUGCACACGUUCUCAGCCGCGAGGUCGGCCGCCGACGCCGAGGAGGGCAUGAUGUUCAUGCACGAGAUGGUGGAACUGUCGAAGCUCCAGUCCCGCCCCACCGAAACGACGCCCCAAAUCGUCUCGUUCCCCAUACAAACACCCACCGGUGAGCAGACGGUCAGCGUGCAGGCGGGCCCGUCGCACUUCGGCAAAAGCCUGAAGCAGGACGAGCUGGUGAAGGCCAGAGCGGUGAUCGUGUCCCCAAUAAGGGGAUGCAAGGACAUCGAACAGGGCGACGCGCUGAAAGGGAAGAUCGCAAUCAUGGAGCGGGGCGACUGCAUGUUCGUCGACAAGGUGAGGGCGGUGGAGAAAUUCGGUGCCGUGGCGGCUAUAAUCAUCGACAACGUGCCGGGCACCAGCGCCAUCAGUUCGCCCUUGUUCUCGAUGUCGGGCGACGGCAGGAACGACGUUAAGAUACCUUCCGUCUUCCUAUUUACCCAAGACGCUUCCAAAUUGAGACUGGCCCUGGCCAAAGAUCCGAGCAUCGAGGUCACGAUUAAAGAGAUGAAGGGCGAGAGUGAUCUGUGGACGCAGAACGAGGAGGAGAGCAUGUUCCAGAAGCUGAAAGUGUCCGUCCAGGAAUUCUUGAACAAGCACACCGGCAUUGAUUUCAGUAAGGCGGUGGAGGUGGGCAACUUCGUGGCCAACAUCGGCAACGACAAGAUUCGCAUCACCUACAACGAGAAGACGAAGGAACCCGCCAAAAUACCCGUGGAGGAGACGGCGAAUUAUCAGUGGAGCCAAAUUAGGAAGGGCUUGCUCAAGUCGAUCAUUCAUUCCAGCACCAAAGAACUGUACGUUCCCGUCAACAUAUUACGAAUUUAUUAUCAAACCUUAAGUGGUGCUAGUAUAGAAGAAUUGAAAGCUUUGGACGUUGUAAAACAGACGGAAUGGCUUUUGAAAGAACUGCUGAUUGAACACCAAAAGACUGACGAUGACGCCCUGGUUAAACUGGAGGAGGAUUCGGGUGUUUCGAUAUUUGCGGACUUGAAGCAACUGUCCGAAUUAGAGAACGCGAAGGAGAACAAUAAUAAUUUGGAAACGCUUAGUAGUCUUUUAGAAAGCGUUUCAAAUGUCAUGUCUCCGUCGUACAGUAAUGUGAUAAAUAAUUUGGAUGGUGAAUCCGUCGAUGAUAUUGUCGUGAGUGACAGUGAUAAAAACGCAGAUGAGGAUGUGAAAAAGAGUCGUGCAGCCGACGAAUUAUGAUGGGAAUUAGAUAAAUUAAAUUGAAAUGUCUAAAGGAGAACCUAGACUUAACUUUUUUAAGUGUAAUUUAUCAAGGUUCUCUACCAAAAUUUAUUAUUUCCACAUAUCUGUUCAAUACUGUAAAUAUCUAAGCUUAGAACUUGAUACGUGCAUUAGCAUCCCUGUACAUUAAAUGUACAUAAAAUAUUUAUAUGUAAAAAAUGUAAGAAAUUAUUUUUAUAUACAUAUUAAAAAUUUGUUAAGUGUAAAUAAAGUCUACUUGGCAAGCUACUUGAAAGUGUUUUUGUUUAUUUA